CCGCUGUCAUCUCUAUACCUCGCCGUUUCACACAGUCUGUAGGCACCGCUGAGGUCUCGAACACCACAGGGCUGCAGCAGAGACCUAGUCUGAAUCCCAAACGCUCAUACGUCACCCGUGCGCGAGCGUUGUAGAAACGGCAGGGCUGGUCUUGGCUCCAGGUACUGGGUACCGCUCGCCGACAUCGUCGCUGCAGCUGAGCAGGCUGUGAAGCUACCGCUUCGGCGAGAGCAACCAGAGGGGCUUAACAGACCGCCAAUUUCGACGACAACAUGGGGUCGCUCAAGGGGCUAUUCCUGGGCGUGUAUGCCUCGAACAGCGUUAUAAGGACGCUGUUUCUGCCGCUGUGCUAUUUGCUACUCAGCAGUCCGUUUCUUCUCGUUUUCGCUCGCUACUACGGAUUUGACAGCAGGUUAUUCGAAUUCAUUGGUAAAGAUAAAAGUGUGAAGGAAAUUGCUCUUCAAGUUUUCGUUGGAUUGAUCGCAGCGACGUUGCCUACUAGGAUUCUUUCCGGCAAGAAUUGGAAUUCGUAUCAAAAUGGCGGGACGAGGCGGGUACAACAGAUUCCAUACUGGAUUCCCCAGGUGAGACAUUGGGGGAGUGUUGUGUUUGGGGGAGAGGGAUGGUUGAAGAAAGUCAGGGAUUCGGCACUUGCGCCUGUCGUUGCAUUCAACAUUGGAGGCGCAAAACACAACGUUGUUCUGUCACCUGCACUACUUGAGCAAGUUCAGAAGGAUCCAACCGGACUUGACAAACUUGAUAUCACGGAGUGGUCGGUGUUGCGGAAUGCAUUCAAUUUACCUAAUGACACGGAGAUGGGAUACCACGAUUUGCGACCCAAGUUAAAAGAUGCUUUGGACGACAACAUUUUCAAAGCUCAGACGGCGGAGAAGUUGAUCUCUGCAUCUCUGUCGGUCCUUUCGGAUUCUCUUCCAGAUUUGGUGACCUUCAAUACCUCGAUCGUGGAUCAGUUGCCCUGGGAGCGAGUCGCCAACCUGGAGCUCACCGAUGGCACUAUCGAAGCAGAGUGUGAUUUUUUCACACUGAUCAACGAAUACUUUUGCAGUGCAAUCGUUGCACCGAUUACAGGAGCUCAAUUCCCAGAAUCAUACGAGUUGCUGGCUUCAGACCUCUCUACAGUCACAGAAUGUUACUAUGCGCUUGCGCUGGGACUACCACGGCUGUUUCCGAAACCUGGAUUACCUGGAGCAAUGCUAGCGAAGAAGAGAUUGUUUCAGAAGUUUGUACAAUUCUUCUACGACUUAGACAAUCCGAAAAAGAGAGUACCGGAUGACGACGAGAGUAUGAGUGGCGAGGAGACUGACGCUGAAACACCCACUCCGCUGACAAGGAUGAAUGAGUUCUUCUCGAAGAAUGACAUCCCACUGGAAGCGCGCGCAGCCAUCACUAUACAAUUACUUCAUGCCCUCGUGUCGGAAGUGGUACCCCUAGCGUUCUGGACCUUGCUGCACCUUCACACUUCGGUAGCAGCGCAGCCAAAAACCCACAAAGCGGACACAUUGAUCGACGAAAUCCGCAAAGAAACGCAGAUCUGGGCCCUAGCAACGCAGCCGCCAUCGAUACACCCUGCUUUUCCAGCACCGCCGGCAAUAUCAUUCUCCGGCCUCCCACGCCUUGUCUCCCCGACCUCGUUCCCGCAUCUACGUUCAGCGAUCAACGAAGCAAGACGCCUCUACAAAGCCCCUAUUACGACUCUCAAAACCAACAAGCCCAUUACACUCACGGAAGUGGAAAGCAUACGGCCUGGUGUCCAGGAGAAGUGGGAACUCGAUGCCGGAUCGUACAUCGCCAUCGGCCUCUCUCAAAGCCUCAUCAAUACAUCUGCCGCACACUUUAUCGCACCAGCAGAAUACCGCCCCGACCGCUUCUACCACACCGCGCCCCCGCUCUCCAUCACCUCGCACUCUGACCCCCAAGAGUCUCUCACAACCUCCCUGCUCAUCGCUUUCGUUGCAGGCAUUCUUCAACUCUGGGAGAUAGCGCCCGCGCCGAAGAAGAGCUUCAUGGAUCACAUGCAGGAGGCGCAGGCGGCGGCUAUGGGGCCUGUGGAUGGCAAGGCUCAGUCAGCGGCCCAGAGUGGUGUGCAGAAGAAGGUUGGGCGGUGGGUAGUGCCUAGAGCUGUUGAUGGUGCAAGCGUCAAGAUUCCGAAGGGCGAUGUGAGGGUGAGGAUUAGGCGAAGAGAGGGGCUUCCGGAGCAGAGGUUGCUGAGGAAGGGAAAGUAGAUACUGGGUGGCUAAUGGAAAGGUCAGAGAAGAGGAGGGACUCUGCGCGAUGUCCUCUCGCGCAGAGGGGUAGCAUAUAGACUGCAAUUGGCUUAGACUGCAAUGAAAACUACAU